CAAUUUUCUUAAAAUGCCACAUGGCCACUGUCAAUCAACUGGAAAGGCUAACACAACGAACGUCACUACGUACAAUCAAUUAAGUAGUUCUAUCAUUAGCACCAUCCCUCUAAUAACAGUUCAUUCUCCCCUGUUAUGAGCAGUGAUUUCAACGCGGUUGAUAUUCUAUUCCAGUCGGGAUAAUACACUGUUCUAUAUGUAAAUAGAAAUGCGGAAGAGAAAUCAUGAAACAUAAUACUAAUUCUGUGUUAGAACUUUUAUAUAAAAUAUAGGUAGGACUGGAUCAACGUAGUCGAGACAGGAAUUCAUUUAACGGUAUAAUCGAAAAGACAGUCAAUGUGAGAUGAAAAUGAGGAGAUGGAGUAUUUCAAGCUUUAUCUACGAUUAAACUGUAGUGUUUAGAGCUCUUAAUUAAGAACUAGUACUCUGCGAAUCGGACACAAAAGACCACGUCGGUUUGGAGCAAAUCACCAUGGGUGCAUUAUUGGUUGACUUUCUCCUCAGCACCCGUUCUAAUAUUUGCAGAAAGGUUUUAAUUCAUUCAGCUUCGCUCUGCGUUCUUCUGUUUAUCUCGUUUUCUAUUCAUUACCCUCACUAUAUACUGAUAGCGCUGUUAACAAAUCACACUCUCGUAUUUUCUUUGAGACAUCAUUAGACCCUGGUGGAUUCACAAACAACAAAAAUAUACUUCUCAUUUAAUCUGAAACUUUCGAUUAGAAAAGGUCUUUAUCGUUGAUAGAUUGUUAUCUCCAGACGAUAUUUUACCAAGUUCCAAAAGCUCGUAGGAAAAAAUGGAAUGAUAGCCUGUAAGCAAUUUUCUUAUCAAGAGACAUGCACAUGUCUGGACUGGAGCAUCGACAUACGCAGUUAGAUCAAUGUUACCCUCUUCUAAUUUUUCAUGCAAGAAAUCGUAUAGUGACGAAAUAUAUAUACGGUCAAAUUUGGAGUGGCCAGGAAGGACUAAACCUAUUCUAAAUAGAAGAACAAGUUGGAGUCGGGAAGAGUGGUUUUUAGGUAUUCUCCAAAUAAUACUUGUCAAAUGAAAUGGGACCGUGACACAUAAUCUAUCCAGGCUUUCGGAGGACCAAGCUUGCUGUUUCCUUAAUCAACGGACUCAAACAAAAAGGAGAUAAAUUCUUCUAUUAAUAAUCAUGUCUGACCGAUCCAAAGCUCCAGCUGGAGCUGGUAGCGAAGAUGCCUUCUUGACGGAGCCUGCUUCACGACCAUCCACUGCAAUGGAGCCAUCAUAUCGAAUGGAACCAGCCAGGAAGUUUCGAACUUUAAAUAUUGAGCAAACCACUGAGAAUAUCUUAGAGAAACACCUAUCUCAAGAAAAUUAUGAUCCAAAGCAGUGCCGUCUUCUGUCUCGGGAUAUCGCAGGCGUUAUCAUGGAAGAACUGAAGAGAAUGAUGUAUCCUCGAUAUAAGUUCGUCGUCGUCGUCAACAUCGGGAGUAAGAAAGAGAAACCCGGAGUGCAGCUUGGUAGUCGAUGUCUUUGGAAUGACAGUACCGAUUCAAUGACCACUGUGCAUUACAGUAACGGAUCAUUGUUCGCAGUAGUUAUGGUUUAUGGACUGUAUCAGGAAUAAAACAAAUAAUGUUCAUAAAAUAUACAGCAGAUAUUCUCUGAGAAAGUAACCCCAAAUCAACUCUACAAGUUCCUUUUCUGCAUACAUUUGGUGAUCGAUUACCAAAUCUAUCAAUCGUGAGUUUGAUGUUAUACGUCUACUAAUUUCAGUCAUCGCUUGGGUCUUUCUGGUCUUCCUUUCCAUCUUUUAGACUGUGCAUGGAGUCUUCAUACUUGCAUUAGUACAUCGUGGUUAUGUUUACCCAUGAUAUUACUGCUAAAGUACUACGGUAUAUGGACUAAGCUUAAUAAUUAAUACGACGUCAAACCCACAACUUAAUGUAUUUGGAUUUGAGCAGAAAAUACGAUUCAUUAAAAUUUGUGUAUACACCAUGUGUUCAGUCGUUACACAAACACAAACUACAGUGAACAACAAAAUAGAAAGAAAAAUAUAAAUACAUGUAUAAGUAACAAUUUUAGGAAGUACCAGAAGAUACUAUUUUCUUGGAACUAUAAUUUUUUGAAAUGCAUAUUAUUAUUUUGCGUGAAUUUGCUGUUAUUGCAGUGAUGUUCCUUGUAUGUUACAUUCUUAUAAUAUAUAUAUAUAUUUUCUUUAAUUCAAUUGUGUUGCUACUACAAACAAAUUUAUGAAUGAAUCCGCCUAAAUAUAAGUAUGGUUUCUUGUUUAAUAAGUAAAAACCAUUUUAAUAACCAAAAAUGAUAUGAGAAUCAUUUUCAUACAGAUUUUAAGUGGGAAGACUCCGGUGCCAUAUAUUAAUCUUCUCGAAAGUCACGACGAUCUGAUGUGUUCUUGAUGAAUUCAAAUUGAGCGUGUAUCAUAUAAGACUUACCAUGUCUAUCGAUUUAUUUCAUGGAGAGAUCAAACUAUGAUAUAUAAUUAUCAACGAAAAGCAUUAUGUCUUUAUACGAAGAUUGUGCGAUUUGUACGAAUUGUUUUUUUUUAAAUAGAAGAAUACAAAAAGCGAAUUGAAUCAAAUAAACAGGGCUAAGUUUUUACCAUUCACAACAUUGAAAAAUGUAGUGUCUUUUCGUGAGCUGUACUAAUUGUUGUAUAAAAUAGUGUUGUAAAUAGGAAUAAUUAUCGGAAACAGACUUCAAAUUCCGGGGUGUAUUUAUUCAUCGCUAUCUGAUCUACAAAGAAAUAGGCAAGAAUUGAAAACAAAACCAUUUUUAAUGAAAUACAACGAUAGCUUUCGAUAUAUAUCUUUCCCAUAAGCAUGUUGACAAUAGUCUUUUCUCAGAAAAGAAAUAGAUGAACAAAAUAAACUUGUAAAAUCUUCAAUGGAUUUAGCGUACACUCUCAAAAAUAUUGGGCAACAUACUGUCCACACAACAAUUAGUUAAAACUUUGUCCAAUUCUGGGUAGCUUUAAACCAAUGUUUGUUUUUGGUGAGAACUACAUAGUAUUGGUUGAAAACUACCCAUAGUUGGGUAAAUUUUAAAGCCAAUUAUUGUGUGGACAAUAUCUUGUCCAACAUUUUAAGAGUGUAUGAACUGAUUUUUAAUCAAUGAUCUAUUGAUCAAGAUGAAUUUUAUUGAAAUGGCAUUUUCAUAAUUCAUUAUAUCUAGGUCAUAAAACUACUUUGUUACAUUUCUUUCAUCUAUUAUAGUUGUGAAUUAGUCAUAUCAUUUUGGCUAAGAGUUGUAUUUCACAGAUAUAUAGAUUACAAGUAUAAUUCAUGUGAUAGAUAUCAGUUUCUUGAAUUUUGUCAUUCAAUUCUUAUCUCUGACAAAU